AUGCCAUCUAACUAUGACUAUCAAGAUGUCGGUAGCGACGACCAUGAAAAUUCUUCUACAGACGUAGAAGACUCUGCCUUGGAUGGCAAAGAAGUAUGGACAAAGCCGUCACGGAAAUCGUGGGUGCGUCGUCUGUUGGAAGGCAUUCGAUCUGUCUGGUGGGUAGUGAACACUUCGCUACUUCUCAUCAUUCUUGCAUUGCUGCUCGAAUCGCGAUGGAGAUCAGACAAAGCAAGACUCGAGUUUGGAGGUGACUUAACUGGAUUUGUUCCUCAUUUCUCACAGCAAAUAACCACCUUUAGGCCAGACUUGUCUUUCGUCCCAAAACGGGCCGAGGAUUUCUGGCUUGAUAGUACCCAAGAAAGAUGGCUUAGCAUUGUACCAAGAGGUUUGGGAUACGUUCACGUCGACAAUCCAUCGGAUUACGACAAUCUCCCACAACCUAUUCAUGAUUACACGAACAUGACAGUCUUUACAACAGCCAUGCCACAUCAACUACAUUGCCUGUACAACAUUCUAGAAGUCUACUAUGCGGUGGUGGGAGACAACCCACGCCAUAUCCCUACAAGCAUGACCUUUCACCUUCAACACUGCUUCGAGUAUCUCAGAUUGAGUAUCAUGUGUUCAGGAGAUGUCGCGCUGGAGGGUGCUGAAACUACAUUCCCUAAAGGGUUUGGUGGUAGUGAUGGUUGGGACUCGAAACAUGUGUGCAAGAAUUAUGGUGAAAUCUUUGAUUUCUUGGAUGAGAAGCGGGCGAACGAUCGGGUAUGGAUAGGACUAUGAGUUAUUCUGACGUAUAUGCGGACAGAUAAGUGUGACACCAGGUACGUCUGUGGACUCCCAGAUGCAAGUCACGCGGGAAUAGGUCACGAGCUACCUAUGGUAUAUAUGGAUAUCCGCAAUUGCUUUGCUUAUGCAAGCUUUCCUGAUACAUUAGUACACUACGCCCCGACAUUUGCGCAACUAGAAGUUAAGAUUACC